AUGUCAAAGCGAAAGAAAAGCAUAAUGAGAGCCAUGUUGAUUCUUGAAUUUGUAAUACUUGUACCAAUUGCUAUCGUCGCACUCUAUCUCAAAUGUCAACAAAUCUCUAUAACAUUGGCACCAAUCAUCUCCCAAAAUGUGAUCAACCUGUUUCAAAAAAAUUAUCUCGAAACCUUGAAAAUUAUCAUCAGUUUUGCGGGAUUCACGCUCAACAUAGCUUAUCUGCAAAAACUUCCAAACAUGGAUUGGUGGUUAAUGGUCCAUCAUAUAGAGAACGUGGAAUUCUACAACCUGUUGGCAGAUAAGAAGGGGAAAUGGUAUACGAUAAGAGUGCUACUUAAAUAUGAUACUGCAUUGAGUUUGGAUAAAUUAUUUUGGAAGGCAUUGCAGAGUGUUGCAGAUUAA